AUGGGUUGUACAUCGUCUAAGCAAGUGAAAGCCAACGUAGUCGCCGACGUUUACAAACCACCGCCGUCGAGUUUCGCUGUGUUUGAUAUCAACGCCAUCGAAGAGCCGUGGCUAAAACUCGAGCCAGAAGAUAAUGAUGUAAAACCGGCACGCGCAAUCUCCGUCUUCGACAGUCUCGACGAAGACGAUGACGAUGAUGAUAAGGCUCCUAAAACAUGGGAUGAGGUCAGCAAAACUAUAGAAACACGCCUUAAACCAGCCGCCGUUAGACAGCCGGAAGUGGUUCCUCCGGCGACUCCUCCACGUCGGCUUCCGAGGAAGAGCGCAUCGUUUCACACGCUGGACGACCUCGAGUCAAGGGCGAGAAAAGACAUGGCCGCGCAAAACCAGAGGACGACGAGAGUCACGCUUAAGAAAACAGAGUCGAUGUCCGAGUUGAGACCCGAGUUCACUCGGACUGAGUCAGCUCGGACCGAGUCGACCCAGUCCCGCUCCGUGAAGGAGAACAUAUUCGUGUUGAGAGACAGAGAGCGGAGGGAGAGAGAAGGGAACAAGAAGCCGGUGAUGAACUGGGACCCGCUGAGGGAGUUCCCGGAGAAGUGUCCUCCCGGAGGAGGCGACGGACUUGUGGUGUACACGACGUCGUUGCAAGGAGUGCGUCGCACGUACGAGGACUGCAUGAGCGUGAGAGCGAUCAUGGAGCAGCAAGGAGUGGUGAUGGACGAGAGAGACGUGGCUCUAGACGCAGGAGUGUUGAGCGAGCUCAAGGAGCUUCUCCAAGACGAAGCGACCGUGGCGCCGCCGAGAGUGUUCGUGAAAGGGAGGUAUCUGGGAGGAGCGGCGGAAGUGACGGCGAUGAACGAGAACGGGAAGUUGGGGAGAGUGUUGAGGUGGGCACGUGUGGAGAGAGUAGGGGAAGAAGGGAGGCACACGUGUGAAGGGUGUGGAGGAGCACGGUGGUUGCCUUGUUUCGAUUGCGGCGGUAGCUGUAAGGUUGCGGCGGCGGCGAAGGGAGAGAAACGGGAGAGAUGUGGCAAGUGUAAUGAGAAUGGUUUGAUACGUUGUCCAGUUUGUUUCGUUCAUUAA